AUGAUCAACCUUCAGAUGGACCUACUGCGAAACGUUGACCUAACUACAAAAUCUGGUAAACUAGUGGAUUCAGAAGUCUUAAGAGGCAAAGUUGUGGCCUUCUAUUUCUCUGCCUUUUGGUGUGAGCCUUGUCGACGAUUCAAUCCAAUUCUGCGUGAUUUCUACGUGAAGGCGGCGCUACAAGGCGUGGAGAUCGUGUGGUUUUCGAGAGAUGAAACGAUGGAAUCAAUGGAAGAGUACUUCAAAGAGCACGGUAACUGGCUGAGGGCUCCGUUCCAGCAACCUGGAUGCAAGUGAGUCUUUUUAUACGAGGAAAGAUGUUUAUAGAUUUUUGGAUGACAUUUUAUACGAUGGAACGUUUUUUUAGAUUUUGGGGGACAUUUUAUACGAUGAAAAGUGUUUUUUAUGAUUUUGAUAAGCAUUUUAUACGAUGAAAAGUGUUUUUUAUAGUCUUGGAGACUUUCAGAUGCUGCUGUUUGACGUUUGUAAAAGAACAACAAGGCUUCAACUACCUCAAAAAGUAUCACAUUGACAGUCUACCCACCUUAAUCGUCGUAAAACCAGAUGGAACGGCUGUCACUAAAAAUGGCGUUGAUGAUGUUUAUGUAGGUUCUUUAGGUCUUUCAUAAAACAAAUUUCAAAGUCGUAAUUGCACUCAAUGAUGGCCAUUUUCGGUAAUGUCUUGAUAAGACUUACAAGGAAAGUAAUACUCAACCUGCCCCACUCAGAAUUGGCCCAUAAUUUUUUUUUUUGAAUUUUUUGUACCACCAAUAGUACGCAAAACAAGUUUUAGCUUGAGUUUUUGAGUUUUAAAUUUAAAAAAUUGAGUUUUCGGCCAAUUUGGCUAAUCUGGCAUUGUGUUUCAAGCAUUUUUUUCUACUUUUCAGCCAAACUACCCUUAUAAAUUUAAAAAUGUAGGUUUAUUUAAAGGUUUCCUACUAGUAUAUCAAAGAAAAAUAAUUGAAAAUCAAAAAGUGACAGUUACAAGCUUAAAACGCAAUGCCAAUUUGGCGGGAAAUUCAAAACGUAAAUUUUUGAUCUCUAUUUUUUCGAGAUUUUCUGGAAAGCGGGAUAAUAGUACGUUGCUGAAGGUAUCAUAUUUACAUUAUCUUUCUAUAUAAAAAACUUGAAGUCAAUCAGAGCGGGGCAGGUCGGGCACUUUCCUUGUUAUUUUCAAAAAAAUAGCCUUGAGUGAGCGACCACUUUUUGACCUUUUUUGUUUUAAAAUUUAAAUUCAACCCUUUCAGAACAAAGACCCAGAAGAUGUAAUCGCGGAAUGGAAACGGCUAGCCAGUCGGUAA